UUUCUCUUUGAUGGCUAAUAUUUCAAAGAAAGAAAUCCCUGUAAUUUAUACAGCAGACGUUAAUGAUUUGCUAGAAAAAAGGCUUCCAUUUGUUUUGCGUGGAGCUAAUAUUGGUCCUUGUUCCGAAAAAUGGACUCCAGAAUAUUUGAGUCAAGUUUUAGGAAAAGAAGAAGUAAAAAUUCAUGUAUCCGAGUCCCAACGUUUGGACUUCUUAAAGAAGAAUUUUAUGUACAAAACAUUAUUAUUUGAAAAAUUGCUGCACCGAGCUUCCAAAUCUAAACAAGAAGAAGGUGAAUAUUUUAUAUCUCCUACUGAAUGUUAUUAUUUGCGAUCUGUUGGCAAGGAUGCUCGGAAAGAUGUAGCAAAUAUCCAACAACAAUUUCCAGCUGUAGCUGAAGAUAUUACAUUUCCAAAUUUUGUUCCAGAAGGAAGUGUUUUCUCAAGUAUUUUUCGAAUAGCUUCAAAAGGUGUUUCCAUUUGGACCCAUUAUGAUGUUAUGGAUAAUGCCUUAAUUCAAGUGAAAGGCAGUAAACAAGCUGUUCUUUUCCCUCCUACUGAUGCUCUAAAUUUAUAUUUAAAUGGUGACAAAUCUGAGGUGGUAGAUAUUGAGAAUCCAGAUUUUGACAGAUUUCCAAAGUUUAAAAAUGUUUCAUGGCACGAAUGUUGUCUACUUCCUGGAGAUGUACUGUACAUUCCUGCAUUUUGGUUCCACAACAUGAAAUAUUUGGACUUUGGAAUAGCAGUAAAUGUAUUUUGGAAAGAGCUAGAUCCAUCACUGUAUGACAAGAAAGAUCCAUAUGGAAAUAAAGAUCUUCUACCAGCACAGCAAGCAUUUGCUUCUUUAGACAGAGCUCUUACUACGUUAUCUAAACUACCAAAAGGUUAUAAGGAAUUUUAUUGCUUGAGGCUUAUUGCACUAAUUGAGAAAAAAAUGGAAAUAUAAUGCUACUAUAUUGUAAAUAAAUUUAUUUUAUAC